AGCUAACAGCUUAAGUUUAUCCUAACAAGAGUUUAGGAUUGGUUUUUCUAACUCUAACUUUAUUGUGUUUGGUGGCAGGUUUGGCAGGAACUUUUAGCUGUUACAGCACUUGUGCUGCCUCCUGUGGAAGAUGUUGAAACCUGGCUCAAAUUCGCUUCUUCUUUGCAGAAAAAGUGAACGGAUUACCCAUGCAAAAUCUACUAAUUAAACAUCAACAGUAUGAUCCUGAAAAUGUACGAUACCAUGGUCAUCCUCAAGUAAUGCUGGCAAACUUGAAGUACCAGUGGUCUCUUGAAGAGGAUUCAAAGCGCAGAGAAGCAUGUAUUAGGCUUCAGAAUUUAGCUAUGGAACUUUCAAGUCAACCAGUUACACCAUCAAGCUUCACAAGUGGUUUGAAUCCCAGUGUUCCUCUCCUUGCUCGUGUAUAUCUAAAUCUUGGCUCCUGGCAGUGGUCACUUUCUCCUUUUAAUGGGGGAAAGCAUAAAUGGGCAUUAUUCAACCCAGCAGUGAUGUCUCAUUACACACCUUAAGUGGUUUCCCUGAUAUUGCAGCGCAAUUUGGUUGUUACAGCUGUAACUGGAUACUUUCAUUCUAUAGCAUGUGCAGCAAAUUCCAAAGGUGUCGAUGAUAGUUUACAGGUAAGUUACAAUUUAGAAGUAAAGACAAUACUGGCAAUACUGGCAGUGAUUGUAUGC